UCAGCUGAUAGGAGCGUGACUACAACUCUGCUCAAACAAUACUUUAGUGCAUUUCAUCUGUUACAGGCACCAUGGCUUCUAGUGGACCAGAACCAAGCCUGCGCUAUAACAACAAAGUUGUCAUUGUCACUGGAGGUACAAAAGGCAUCGGAGAGGCAACUGUCAGGGUGUUUGUGAACAAUGGAGCUUCUGUUGUGUUCUGUUCAAAAGAGGAGAUGGCCACUGACCUUGAAGCCGAACUGAAAUCCUCAGAGAGAGGAACUGCUAUCUAUGUCUCCUGUGACGUAACAAGAGAGGAAGAGAUCAAGAGGCUGAUUGACGUGACUGUGAAAACCUACGGAAAAAUAGACUGUCUGAUCAACAACGCUGGGUGGCAUCCUCCAGAACAAAUCAUAGACGACACAAGUGCCCAGGAGUUCCAGGACCUUUUAAAACUGAAUCUCAUUGGCUACUUUCUGACUGCAAAGUAUGCUUUACCUCAUCUCCGGAAAACUCAAGGGAACAUUAUCAACGUAUCAAGUCUUGUUGGAAUUAUUGGUCAAAAACAUGCAAUACCUUAUGUGGCCACAAAGGGAGCAGUGACUGCAAUGACCAAGGCAAUGGCUGUGGAUGAAAGCCAGUACAAUGUGCGAGUAAACAGCAUAUCUCCUGGAAACAUAUGGACACCGCUGUGGGAGGAGCUAUCCGGUCAUUCUACUGACCCAGAUGCCAUGAUCCUGGGAGGGAAGGAUGCACAGCUCCUGGGUCGAAUGGGGACAGCUGAGGAGUGUGCCAAGGCUGCGCUGUUCCUGGCAGCUGAAGGUACAUUCUGCACAGGUAUAGACAUUCUCCUAACAGGAGGCGCUGAGCUGAAUUAUGCCAAUAAGAAUCAGCAGAAGACACGAAGCAGCAUUUACCACUGACUGAUCAGAGACUGCAAUGUAGAUUGGAACUCGCUGGAUAAAGCUUCUUGUAAAUCAUCCAUAUAAGUUCCCUACGAGAUGUGCUGGAGAUGUGUGUCCAUGUGAUGUUGGAGCAAUACUUGCAAUAUGUUUGUUAGAGGAAAAUGAAUGCAAUCUCCCCAAAAUGUCGAUUAUGAUACUAGGUCCUGUGACCCUCCAGCUGUGAAACUAUAACUCUCAGCAUGCUAGGAUACAAUGACGAUAGCCAAAGGAGGCUCCAGAUAAGCUGACUGUUUGCCGUGAUCCUAGUGGGUGAUGUGCACACAAAGUCUACUGAGACAUAUUUUUUUGGGCAAUGGGAAAAUGAUUACAAUGUAAACCAUGAGUAGGGUGUCCAGACAUAUGUCAGCUACUACCUGUAGCAUCACCAUUGAAAAGCUGAGAUUACUCCAGAAUAUAGAAGACUGUAUGUAUGUUGGGCACCUGCCAAGGUGCAUUUACUUUUCAAAAUAUAACAUGAGCAUGCCACACCCCUU